CUAAUGUAUACUUAGAUGCAAUUGGUCAACCAAGAGGAAUACCACAUACAUUUAAAGCUAGAGAUGAAGUAAAAUCAGGCUUUGAAUCUAUAUUCAUAUGAAUACCAGUUAAUAAGAAUACAGAAUGGAUAAAUUACAUUUAUUACAAUCAGCAAAGAUUCAUCAAUUACACUGAUGAAGCACUGAAGGCCUUAGGAGAACAGCUAGAUGCUACAAGCAAAAUGACAUGGCAAAAUAGUCAGGUACUAAAUUGGCUCCUGGCGGAAAAAGGAGGUGUGUGUGUAAUGUUUGGAGCUGACUGUUGCACUUAUAUCCCAAACAAUACAGCUCCUGAUGGAUCCAUUACUGAAGCAAUGAAGAAGCUGAAAGAUCUGAGGGAAGAGGUGGCUGAAAAUGCAGGAAGAGACCAACAUAAUGGAAACUGGUUUGAUAAGCUAUUUGGAUCCUGGAAAUAAUGGCUUACUAAAGUGGGAAUAAUAAUUGCUGUAGCUUUUGUUAUUUUUGUGUUGUUGUUUUGUUGUGUUGUGCCUCUCCUCAGGUCAAUGCUGGCCAGUGCUGCAGCCAAACAGAUUAUCAAUAUCUACUGACUGCCGGGAUUCCACCAAUAGAAAGAAGCUAGAGGGUCUGUGAAAUAAUGGUGGCAGACAGAAAAGAUGGAAAAGCACGCCUAUUGGCUAAGGUAACAAGAGAGAUGUUCAUCAUGAGAGAUCAGAAGGAUGUAAUCCACGCUGGAGAACAGCAGAUGCUGCAGAUACCAGUGAAGAUGUGUUCAGUGAAGCUGCUGGACUGCAAGAACCUGAUGAAGAGGAGAGGAGAAAUCAAAGUAGAGGAACAACAGACUGAUGAAGAUUGUGAAGAAACCACAGCAGAAGAACAACAGAGUAAAGAUGAUUUUAUUCCUUCAGAGCUGAUGGAAGUGAAAGAGGAACGUCAAGAGCUGAAUGAAGCAGAGGAGAAACAUCAUGAUUUCACAACUGGAGAAAAAUCUUUGAGUUGCUCAAAGACUGAAAAUAAUUUCUCACCAAACAAUCCUCAAAGAAGAGCACCAAAGAAAUCUCUUACCUGCUCUCAGUGUGAAAAGAAUUUCACAUGUAAAAGAUAUCUUAAUGUACACAUGAGAAUUCACUCUGGAGAGAGACCAUACACGUGCCAUCAGUGUGGGAAAGGUUUCACUGUGAAAAGCAACCUUAAUGUACACAUGAGAAUUCACACUGGAGAGAGACCUUACACAUGCCAUCAGUGUGGGAAAGGUUUCACCAUGAAAAACAGCCUUAAUUUACACAUGAGAAUUCACACUGGAGAGAAGCCUUUCACGUGCCAUCAGUGUGGAAAAUGUUUUGCAUAUGCAGUUUCUCUCAAAAAGCAUCUCCGACAUCACUGUAGCAGAGAAAAGCCAUUUGAAUAUAACUGUUGUAAAGCAUUUGUUGAGGAUUCAGACCUAAGAAAACACCUGAAAAUGCACACAAAUGAGAAGCUUUACAAGUGUUCUUUUUGUGGAAAAUGUUUUGAACACCUGUCCUAUUUUAAAGAGCACCAGAAAAUUCAUACCUUUUCCGGAGUUCAUAUGUGCUUUGAAUGUGGGAAGACCUUUACUAGAGUCACUGUUUUGAAACGGCACCAAAUAAUUCAUACUGGAGAAAAACCAUACAAGUGCUCACACUGUGAAAAGAGUUUCACUCAGUUAGAACACCUGAAAAAACACAAGAUAAUUCAUACUGGAGAAAAGCCAUACAAGUGCUCACACUGUGAAAAGAGUUUCACUCAGUCAGAACACCUGAAAACACACGAGAGAAUUCAUACUGGAGAAAAACCUUACAAGUGCUCACACUGUGAAAAGAGUUUCACUAAAUCAUACAAUCUGAAAACACAUGAGAAAAUUCAUACUGGAGAAAAACCUUACAAGUGCUCACACUGUGAAAAGAGUUUCACUCAGUCACAAAACCUGAAAACACAUGAGAAAAUUCAUACUGGAGAAAAACCUUACAAGUGCUCACACUGUGAAAAGAGUUUCACUCAGUCACAAAACCUGAAAACACAUGAGAAAAUUCAUACUGGAGAAAAACCUUACAAGUGCUCACACUGUGAAAAGAGUUUCACUCAGUCACAAAACCUGAAAACACAUGAGAAAAUUCAUACUGGAGAAAAACCUUACAAGUGCUCACACUGUGAAAAGAAUUUCACUCAGUCAAAAGACCUGAAUGCACACGAGAGAAUUUAUACUGUAGAAAAACAGAUGACUGCUCUUCAUGUGGGAAAAGUUUCAAAAAAGCAUUAAGUAAAUUGUGAUAACAAGGGGAUAUCAAGUAAAUUGUUUUAAAUUCGGAUAAACCUACAGAUGGAAUUCCUCCCAAUAGAGCAGCAUCGUCAAAGAUAUUAACAAAGAACAUUUUUCCAAUUAACAAUUUUUAUUAAUUCACAUAUAUGUACACUAUAUUGCCAAAAGCAUUUGCUCACCCAUCCAAAUAAUUGAAUUCAGGUGUUCCAAUCACUUCCAUGGCCACAGGUGUAUAAAAUGAAGCACCUAGGCAUGCAGACUGCUUCUACAAACAUUUGUGAAAGAAUGGGCCGCUCUCAGGAGCUCAGUGAAUUCCAGCGUGGUACUGUGAUAGGAUGCCACCUGUGCAACAAGUCCAGUCGUGAAAUUUCCUCGCUACUAAAUAUUCCACAGUCAACUGUCAGUGGUAUUAUAACAAAGUGGAUGCGAUUAGGAAUGACAGCAACUCAGCCACGAAGUGGUAGGCCACAUAAAAUGACAGAGCGGGGUCAGCGGAUGCAGAGGCGCAUAGUGUGCAGAGGUCGCCAACUUUCUGCAGAGUCAAUCGCUACAGACCUCCAAAGUUCAUGUGGCCUUCAGAUUAGCUCAAGAACAGUGCGUAGAGAGCUUCAUGGAAUGGGUUUCCAUGGCCGAGCAGCUGCAUCCAAGCCAUACAUCACCAAGUGCAAUGCAAAGCGUCGGAUGCAGUGGUGUAAAGCACGCCGCCACUGGACUCUAGAGCAGUGGAGACGCGUUCUCUGGAGUGACGAAUCACGCUUCUCCAUCUGGCAAUCUGAUGGACGAGUCUGGGUUUGGCGGUUGCCAGGAGAACGGUACUUGUCUGACUGCAUUGUGCCAACUGUGAAGUUUGGUGGAGGGGGGAUUAUGGUGUGGGGUUGUUUUUCAGGAGCUGGGCUUGGCCCCUUAGUUCCAGUGAAAGGAACUCUGAAUGCUUCAGCAUACCAAGAGAUUUUGGACAAUUCCAUGCUCCCAACUUUGUGGGAACAGUUUGGGGAUGGCCCCUUCCUGUUCCAACAUGACUGCACACCAGUGCACAAAGCAAGGUCCAUAAAGACAAGGAUGAGUGAGUUUGGUGUGGAAGAACUUGACUGGCCUGCACAGAGUCCUGACCUCAACCCGAUAGAGCACCUUUGGGAUGAAUUAGAGCGAAGACUGCGAGCCAGGCCUUCUCAUCCAACAUCAGUGUCUGACCUCACAAAUGCGCUUCUGGAAGAAUGGUCAAAAAUUCCCAUAAACACACUCCUAAACCUUGUGGAAAGCCUUCCCAGAAGAGUUGAAGCUGUUAUAGCUGCAAAGGGUGGGCCGACGUCAUAUUAAACCCUAUGG